UGACUUGUACAUCACCCUCUUGCUCUCUCGAGUCUCAGACCCUUCUGAGCAAGAGCAAGGGAAGUCGAUGUCGAUGGAGCUGCAGGCAGCAUGGUCCUCUAUACCCUCAGCCUCAGCAGGACCUCGUGCCUCCUCGACUACACCGCCAUCCUCGCCUGCAGCAAUAGCGAGCUCCCUCUCCGAUCCUUCUCCAGUCCCGAUCCCGGUCCCCAGCUCGCCACCACCAGAAUCUUCAAUAGCAGCAGCAGCAGUAGCAAACCCUCCAGCAUCUGCCAGCACGGUUUCAGAAACGCAGCAACAGGCCCAGUCCCAAGCUGAAUCUGGAGCCCGCCCUGCAGUCCGAGCGCGAGUCAUCCUCAUCCGCCACCCACAGACAGAGGCCAAUGCCGCCCACCUCUUACAAGGCACUACCGACUCUCCCUUGACUCGGCUGGGGGAGGAGCAGGCGGGGGCGCUUGCGGGUUGGUUUGCUGAGAUUAAUAGGGAGAAAGAGCUGGAUGACACAAUGGACAGAGAUGUGGACAUGGACGUACGGCUUAUCGUGCACAGCCCCCUGGGACGUACGACCCGAUUGGCCAGCUUGAUCCACACAGCACUCUGCGACCAAUGCACCACCUCUUCCUCUUCCUCCUCCCCACCUGCAUCGCCCGUCGCGCUCCGUGCCUCCCUCGACCUGCAAGAGAAGUCCUUCGGCCCCCUCGAAUGUACCCGCCGAGGUCAGCACGCAGGACCGAGAUGGCCUCGAGCUCCAUCGGGGGCCAAGCAGGAGGGGAGGGAGGAGUUCUCCAAGAGGGUUAGGAGGGCAGGGAUGCUUUGGAUUGGGAAGGCUCUGGAGAUGGCUAAGCAGGGAGAGGAAGAGAAGGAGCCAGAAGACGAGGAACAUGGUGCUUCUGUAGAGACAGAGAAAGAGGGACUGGAAGUUGGGGAUGAGCCCACGAGUGACAGGGGUGGGACUCCCCCUCCUCCUUCUCCUUCUCGGCAACGACCACGGCGACGCAAGGGCAUCCCGACAAUCCUAAUCGUCACGCACGGCCUCUUCAUCUCCACCUUCUUCAAAGUCUUCCCCGUCCUCCCUCCUCUUCGCACCUCCAAAUCUUCAUCCCCACAAGCUCGAGGGAGCGCUUCUACAGAAGUAAAAAGAGGAGGAGGAGGAAGAGGAGGAGAAUUAGGAAGCGAUAGCCGUAUUCCCUUUGCCUCCAAUACGGGAAUGUACUUGCUGGACCUCUCGGCACCGAUUUCCCCCUCCCCUUGUCCUGUUCCUCCUUUCUCCACAGCAGCGGGCUGUACGCUCCGUCUCCUCAAGGCAAACUGGACACCGCACCUUCCCUCCACGACUACGCCAGGGGCUCCAGGAGGAGGAGGAGGUGGUGGGGGUGGGGGUACGAAGAGGACGGGCAGAGAGGCGUUGGCUUCUGCUGCUCGCGAUCCAAAGCAGAGGAGAUUGGAUGGGGUGGGUGGAUUCUUCUCUAAGCCUGCAGGUACAGCGACGACGAUGGCGGAGAGUGGGUCACAGGAGGACAAGAGGGCGAGGAGUGGGUCACAUGAGGAUAAGGAGACGAGGUAGAGGUAGAGAAAGUGGACUCAAGGUUUACCACGUGCUUGUCCACGCUUCGAUCAAGCUGUACUUGUAGCUAUACCCCCAUUCCACACUCACUCGAAAGCUCCUGAGAGAGCAAUGUAUCAUAUACCCGACUGCACCUCGAGCGGAGCGGAGGGGACUCGAUCGACC